AUGGAUCAUAAUCAAAUAACUAAUAAUACAUAUAAUAAUAAUAAUAAUGAUAAUCAUACAUUACAAUUAACUAUUAAAGAUUAUUCAUAUCGUUUAAGAAUUGGUAUAAAAGAAGAUUGGAAAAUUAAAUUAUUUCGUGAAUAUUAUCCACGUCGUUUUCAAGAAUUAUGCAUGGUACAUUUAUCAUUUUUAAUUGAUAUACCAUGGAAUUUUAUUGAUCAAACAUUAAUUUCCCAUAGUAACAAUAAUAAUAGUGGUGAUAAUACGAUUCAUUCAUCUAAUCCUAUAACAACUAAUGCAUGUAAAGAUACCAAAUUAAACAUGAUGAAUUCUGUAAAUGUUGGUGGAACUAAAAAAUCAAGACUUAAACGAUUAUGGAAUAAUUGGCGUAUAAAUUCACAUCCAGUAAAAUCGGAUUAUAUUCCUGAUGAACUAGCGAAUAACAUUAUCACCUUGAUUGAUUGUUUGGAUAAUGAUGAAGCUUGUUCUGUUGAAGGAUUAUUCCGUAAACCUGGACAUACCUUACGUAAACGUCAAAUACAAGAAGCUGUAUUUCAAACAGAUUUCGAUCCAAAAGCUUUUCAAUUGAAUAAAUAUAAUUUUCAUGAUUUUGCAAGUGCAUUAAAAUAUGUAUUGGUACGUUUACCAACACCAUUAUUUACGGCACAUUUAUUACCAUUAUUCUUACAAGUAGCUGCUUUAAGAAAAUCUGAUCAAUUUAAUCGAAAACAUAAUCAUGAUAAACCUAUCACUACCCAUAAUACAAAUUCAUCAUCAUCAUCAUCAUCAUCAUCAUCAUUAUCAUCUUCAUCAUUGUCCAUUAAUAAUGAUUAUUUAAUUCAUUUAAUUGAAAGUAAACAAAUUAAAGCAAUACGUUUAUUAAUUCAAUUAUUACCUAAUACAAAUAUGAAAAUAUUAAAAUGUUUAUUACAUUUAUUAAUUCGUGUUAAAAAUUUAAAUUCUAUUAAUCGUAUGACAAGUACAUGUUUAGGUACAAUAUUUGGACCAGUAUUAUUAUCAAAUGAUUUAUUAUAUGAAAAAAUUAAAAAUUUAAAAAACUAUAAACAACCAUCACCAAUUGAAUGUCAAGAGAAAUGUUUUCAACUAAAUUCUAUAACAACUUUAUUAAUUGAAAUUGGUUUAGAUAUAUUUUUAUUACCUUAUUCAUUAGUACAAGAUAUUUGUACUAAUAGUCCUUAUAUGACAAUCUUUAAAACCGAUUAUCAAUCAUUAUGUAAUCCAAUCAAACAACAAUCGGUACAAAUAAAAAAUAAUCAAUUCACAUUAUUAUUAUCAUCUCCACAACAAUUACAUUAUAUGAAUCAUAUACAAACCAAUAAACAAGAUAUAAAAAAAUUAGAUAAUUCAUCACCAUUAAGAACAGCUAUUAGAUUUGCUACACCGACACCAACAAGUAUAGCUAAUUUUCAAGUGUACCAUUCAUCACCUAUACAAUUUAAUGAUAUUAUAGAAAUUUCACAAACAUAUAAUAGUAAACAACAAUUAAAAUUAGAAAAUUGUAUUCAUCAAACACCAGUAUUAAAAUGGAGUCGAUCAAUAGGUGAAAUAUCUUCAGAUUAUACAAGACAAUAUUCUACUGAACAAUCUCAACAUGAUGAAUAUUUCAAUGUUAUUUCUGUACGAUCUUCAAAAUUAACAAAAUUAUCAACGAAUAUGAAUCAUUUAUCACCUACAAAAUAUUCUAAUGAACAAUUAGAGGAUAUUUGUAUGGAUAGUGUAAAAAGAAAAUUUGUCAAAAGAAGACGAUUCACUGAGUUACGUUUACCUUCAACUAUAAAUCGUACAGGUGGUAGUAGAAAUUGUCAUCGUCGUUAUUUAUUCUCACCAUGUCCUCCUAUUCCUUUAUUACCAUUUAAACGUAUAGGUGGAGAAAAACGUAACAUGAAUAUUUCUCCAUUAUCUACAAUUAAAGGAUCUUUAACAAAGACAGUUUUACCAUCAUGGUAAUAUUGUAUAUACAUUACAAUAUCUCUUUUAUUUUGUAUAUAUCUAUCUAUCUAUCUAUCUAUCUUCAUCAGAUCAAUUUUGAAUUGUUUCAACUGUGUUAGACAGACAUCAUUCAUCCAUCAUUCCAUUCCAUUCCAUUCCAUUCCAUUCCAUUUUGCCUUGUAUUCUAAUUAUUUUAAACCAAUUAUUUUAUCUAAUGUAUUUGUACAGAUUUCUUUAUUAAUUAUCUUUAUUUAUUACUUUAAACAUAUAUGUGUAUAAUUCCAAUUUUGUAAAGUUAUAAAACUUACGAUUGACUUAGAACAGGUUAAAUGAAUACAUUAUGAAAUAUAAUCAUCAUUUGAAU